UCUUGUGCAUGAAUGGACUAAUAACCUGACUGUGUUCUCUUAUGCCCUUGAGGAAUGGAUGACUUGUCAACGAAACUGGCUUCAUGUUGAGCCAGUCUUUAACUGUCUAGAAAUACAAAGGCAGCUCCCAGAAGAAACAAAAGUUUUCUCUCAGGUGAUUUCCACAUGGAAAGAAGUAACAUCCAAACUACAAAACAGACUGAAUGCUUUGCAAAUAAUCAUCUCCAAAAGAAUACCCGAAAUUCUGAAAAAUUGUAAUAAACAUCUUGAAUUUAUAAAGAAAAGGCUUGAGGACUACCUUGAAAUGAAAAGGAUGAUUUUCCCCAGGUUUUACUUCCUCAGCACCAAUGAGCUGCUUGCGAUCCUAGCCGGCAGCAGAAACCCUGAGUCUGUACAGCCUCAUCUAGUGAAGUGCUUUGAGAAUGUGAAGCAGCUGAUGAUAUGCAAGCAAGAGAUCGGCCCCUCUACCAUAAGGAUGCUCAUGUCUGCUGAAGGCGAAGGCCUCGUGCUGCACAAGAAAAUUCACGUAAGAAGUGCUGUAGAACAGUGGCUGGCAAAUGUAGAAAAAAGCAUGUUUGAGGCGUUAAAAAAGUAAGUACAAAUUUUAAAUCCUGAACCUAUAUAUAUUUGUUACCUGUAUUUAACUCUACCUUUGU